AUGCGCCGCCUGUACCGCACCCCGCUGUCCACCCCUUUGUCGUACAGUUGCACGUUUCCAGCCAUCGAAGUAGACGUGUGCGCGAUAUGUCGUUUAACCCACCGUCAGCGCUUCUUCAUGCGAAUAUCGCACUUUGCGCGCGUUUGUAAUGGUGUUUGGCUGUUGAGUGGUGUCAUAUUAAUGUGCGAGCAGAAGUGC